AUUGGCUCAACCGCCAGUGACGGUCCCAGUAGCGAGCGUCUGAUUGAUCGACACUGACUCGAUAACGGAAAGCCACGCAGCGCAUGAGCGGAAAGUCCUCCGACCUGCACCAAGUGUCCGUAACUUCUUCAGUAAAUUCUUCAUCAUGGAGCCGCCUCUCUCUCCCCGUGACUCUGGCCGUUUCGUAGCGGAGCGGAGUAAGGACGUGUUUGUAGAGAAGGAGGGAGUGCAGAAGGUGGCCGAGAUGCUCUACGAUCUCCGCGCCAGUGACGAGCUCUCUGCCAAAGGUUGGAAGAAGGCCAAUCCGCUGGCCCCGAAACCCACCUCUGACCAGGCCCUCAAUUGGGUGUUUGUGAUGGAUACUAUGAACUUCUGCUUUUGGCCAGAUGAUGAAAACAAGCCAUUUGAGGUGACCUACAAAAAGAACACAUAUAGAGGCUACAUGAGCAUGUGCGCCGCUGUCAAGAGAGCCAUGGAUGAAGGCAUACCCAUCACAGAUCCAAAUUAUUUCUCUAAGAUGACUUUAGAGGAGUUGGCACAUGUCCUGCGAUCAGACAAUGACACACCCAUACCGUUGCUCAAGGAGCGCCACCAGGUGUUGACUGAAGGUGGCCGCGUGCUGCUGGAACACGGAGGAAGCUUCCGGAGCUUUAUCACCCAAGCCGGGAACGACGCCCAGAAGAUGGUGGAAUUCAUCGUGGAAAAGAUUCCCUCCUACAGGGACGAAACUACAUAUGAGGGAAAGGCAAUCUCAUUCUACAAGCGAGCCCAGAUCCUGGUGGCAGAUUUCUGGGCCACCAUGGCGGCCAGAGGAGAGGGAAACAUCCCCAACAUGGACUGUCUCACUAUGUUCGCUGACUACAGGGUGCCACAGGCCCUUGUGUAUCUCGGGGUGCUACGAUACUCUGACUCAUUGAUGCAGGCACUUAAGAAAGGUGAGCUGCUGGCUUCCGGGGACAGGAGAGAGGUUGAGAUCCGCGGUUGCACUCUUUGGUCUGUGGAGCUGAUCAGAGAUCACCUCUGCAAGCUGGUGAAGGAGCGAGACAACGAAAUCUGCAAGAUCAACUCGGCAAUCAUUGACUUCUAUUUGUGGCCUUAUGCCAAGCAGAACCAUAGAGAGAUGGCCCACAUCCCCAUCCACCACACUCGCUGUAUUCACUACUGACUGACUGGUGGCAGCGUUACAUCCAGUGCACUGCUCAGUGUCAGGGCCGAGCGGCAGUAACCUUUCCUGUGGAUGAAGCUCAGCUGGUCUCUGCACCAGCAGCUCAAGUUAUACACUCCUGUCAGUGUUAAUGUAGCUUGUAGCACUGUUGCCAGUCCCCAGCAGCAAAUAACAGAAAGUGUAUUGUCACCAUUAUGAAGAUUUUUUUUUUUCAAGGCAUGACAUUCAUGCUCCCUCCAGUGUGAAAAGCUAAGACAUUUAAUUUAUUCCUAUUUUUUAAAGGGAACAAUGACAUGAAAUUGAAUAAAUCAUAUUUUGACAUCA